AUGCAUGUUCUAUUUUUCUUGCUGCUGGCCAGUGCCUGGCAGCAAGUUAUUGCAGAUUCAAGUUCCUGCAAAAGCAGCACCACAAUAUCCAGCCAAAGCGAUGCGGACAGUCUAGCGGAUUGCGACUCCCUCGAGGGUAGUAUCACGUUCUCAUCCUCAGCAAGCGGUUCUAUCGUUUUCAACAAUAUCACCGAAAUCAAAGGGUCAUUCACGGCACAAGGCGCUUCGAGCGUCACGGAAAUUUCUGCUCCAGAUGUAACUGGCAUUAGCAGUGCUUUGACGAUCGACAAUAUGAGUUCCCUUACGAAGCUAUCCAUGGCUUCAUUGUCCAAAGUGGAGUCCGGCAUCACAAUCACGAACAAUAAAAACCUAAAAUCAUUGGAGUUUCAAAAUUUAGAGGAAGUUGAUGGUCAAUUGGAUUUGACUGGAUAUUUCACUUCCGUAUUGUUGCCAUCCCUCGAUCAGGUCGACGGCUCCACUACCAUAAAAGGUAAAAGUCCCAUGUCUUGCACUACCUUGAAUGCGUUACGGUCCAGCGAUGUAUUCAGGGGAUCAUAUUCCUGCUCAGUCGACGGUGGAGGUUCCUCUCUCAGCGCAGGUGCCAAAGCCGGUAUUGCGGUUGGUGUCAUUGCCGUUGUUAUCCUCCUAUUGCUGGCUGUAUUGUACGUACUUCGGCAGCGUCGACAAAGACAACCGCGUCGACGGAGGACUUUUCAGACAGAUUCACCUAUUCCUCAAACAGCGCUGGGGAGUGAAAAGCUUCUCGAGCCUGAGAACAAGUCUAGUCCAGUCAAAGAGCAGGAGAUGCUUGUACCUCGAAAACCAAUCGGCCCGCCACCGGCUUUACUAGACGGUCGCUCAAUCUAUGAAGCCGCAUACCCUGCUAGUCCCAUUCCGGUUUACCACGAACUGGACGCUGGGCCUGUCAGUGGCUCACACCAGCGGCCGAUUCACUCCGAGGCAUAG